CCCCCCUUACUCAGCACUAUGAGUACCAUACAGAAUCUCAAAAAUUUCAUACGUCAUGGCAAGCAAGCCCGCCUGGUGACGCCGCAUGCCGAGCCCACCACCAAUGUUUCGCCCAUCCAUGCCGAACAACAACGUCAACCACAGGGCUCCUAUCCCGCCGCUGCCGGCAACCUCGACGCCAUUGACAGCAAAUUAGGCAACGGAAACGCUCAGCCUUCUCAGCGGAACUCCGACUCAUCACAGUCCAGGCGGGCUCGCGAACUCGAGAUCGAGCAGAUCAUUGCCGAAGAGAAGAGUAGUCGGAACAAGAUGCCUAAAUACCCGGGUCUCGAGCGCUGGAUCUUGAUGGAGAAGAUGGGGGAUGGCGCCUUUAGCAACGUCUAUCGCGCCAAGGACACCACCGGCGAGUUCAGUGAAGUCGCCAUCAAGGUGGUGCGCAAGUUUGAAAUGAACAGCAACCAGGUAGGACCGCAAGCUAUCUCCUUUACUCUUGUGCUAGUCGCUUCCUGCUUUUCUCUCUCGAUUGCUUUCUCUUGGUUUUGUCUUGUGUGCUCUGUCGUCUUUAAAUCAUUUGGCCAAUGUCUUUCUACUAGACUGCCGCUCAUCUGCAUCCGGGAAUCAGAAAGAAACCCAAAGCUACGGAGGUGCGCAAACACUAGAUAACAUCAUCCAUUCACCGGGCAUCCCUGUCUAUCGCUCACACCUGCUCUGCAACGUUCCGCUUCGCGUCGUUGGCUAUAGCUGGCACCCAUUGUGUGACUGAACCAGAGUGACUGACCUUGCUAUAGCGUGCCAACAUCCUGAAAGAAGUACAGAUCAUGCGCAAUCUCGAUCACCCCAACAUCGUCAAGCUGAUCAGUUUCUCCGAGUCGCGCCAAUACUACUAUAUCAUCCUCGAACUCUGCCCCGGUGGCGAGCUGUUCCAUCAAAUCGUGAGAUUGACCUACUUCAGUGAGGAGCUCAGUCGCCAUGUUAUUGUGCAGGUCGCCAAGGCAAUUGAGUAUCUCCACGAGACAUCCGGCGUUGUGCAUCGGUACGAGAUUGAGAAACCUGUGUUGUGUGAUCGCAAGAGACUAACUGAAGUUUUAGCGAUAUUAAACCCGAAAAUCUUCUCUUCUACCCCACAGAUUUCAUCCCGAGUAAGCACCCCAG